GAGACACAAUUCCACACGAUAACUACAAUUGAUUAAAAAAAGGUAUUAGUUUUAAUAUUUGAACAAUGAUUGAUGCUGGCUUGUUUUGAAAGGGUGUAGAAAGGGCUACACGCUCUAGGUAAUUCCAGUUACUUGAAGGAGUAGUUGUUUUACUGGAGAUCGAAGAAUCAUCUUUGCAAAGCAGGAACCUCGAUGCUGUUGAUUUCAAGAUUUCUUGAACGUAUUUCAGGUACAAAUCUAAAGACGUUCAAGAAUUAUUCAUUUUUAGGAACAUGUACAUCAAGUUCUUCCAGCCUACUCUGUUUUCAAUUUCGUAGUCAAGUAUCAAAAUGUUGGUUCGACUAGUGUGCUCACCAUUUGGAAAGGAACCGUUCACCAACUUGCAUGGCAGAUUUUGAAAAGCUCAAGUUUCUUGCAAAUUUAGCACACUUGACUUUUCAAAAAGUGACUGGUUCUACAAAAGCACAAGUGAGAAAAGUCUGUGAAUUCAUCAAAGAAUUUGUGCAUCAUGGGCUUCACUGUUGUUAUGGUUUCCAUGGUUUGAUAUUUUUCAAAAGACUCGCGACGGGUUCACGUUUACACAGUCGACAAAUGUCGUGAGACGGAAGGAACAAUUAGUCUCCCAGUCUCUUCUUCAUAACUCCACGCCUAUCCAUUACUAGGAUGAUUCCUCGGACCAACCCACUGUAGCAUACGAAGAACAACUCUCCAUGGGUUCUUCUCUUAUAUAGACUUGGCCUUGUUGGCCCUGUGUUUUGUUUGUGUUUUGUGUUUGUUUGUUUGUUUAUGUCUGAUGUGAAGCGUAGUUGCCAUAGGCUCUGGGACCCACCCACCAUUUCCAGCCUAGCUACGUACUCCAGCAGACAGAUCUUGAUCCUUGAU